AUGCCUAGAAAAACUAUUCGGUCACAAGAAGAAGAGGAGGCUUUUCAGCAAAAUCGACGACAAGAAAGAGCAGAACGUCAGCGGUUUAGACGGCUACAAAGUCGACAUUUGAUUCAUGAAAACAAUAGGACUACACAGGAUUCGACACCAAUAAAUAUACAGAAUAAUACUAGACCGGAUUAUUUAGGAAAAUUGGAAAAUUCAUGUCAGCAUUGUCAUGCAUUACAUUUUAAAGAUGAGAUGGUAAGUGGUAAAGGAUUGUCAUUUAAUGACUGUUGUGGCCAUGGAUCAGUUUUUUUAGAUCCAUUAUUGGAAUUUCCUGAAGAACUUAAGUUAUUAUUAAAAGGAGAACACCGUCAAUCUGUUCUAUUUUUUGAACGCAUAAGAGCGUACAAUAAUUCAUUAUCUUUUGCGUCCUUCAAUGCUAACUUGGUUAAUUUUCAAUCACGUCGACCAGGUCCAUAUUGUUUUAAAAUUCAAGGACAAGUAUAUUAUCAAAUCAAUACAUCAUUAUAUCCGUGUUAUGAUGAAAAUCCAUCCUAUGGUCAGCUUUUUAUUAUUGAUCAAGAGGAAGCAAUAAAUUAUCGAAUGAACACAUUUUCAAAUUUAAAUCAAGAUCUUAACAUAAUCUUAGAUACAAUAAUUCGGGAAAAUAAUGUUUUCGCACAAUCGUAUCAUAUGAUGAGACAAAAAAUUGUAUAUCAGCAAGAAUUGUUUAAUGAAACUGAUCAGCCUCAACCGGAAUUACAAUUACUUUUUUCUUUGAAACCAGGGCAAGACAGGAGAAGAUAUAACUUUCAAAGAAUUAAUGAAGUAGCUGCUAUAUUUGCUACGACAGCUGAUGGAGAGAUUCCAGAAUCGUAUGUAACUAUUAGAAAUAAAAAUACGAAAUCAUUACAAUGUGUUAGUACAAUGGAUCCAAAAGUUGAGCCGUGGAUAUAUCCAUUAUUUUAUCCGUAUGGUCGAAGAUUGUUCCAACAAUGGGUUGUUGAUAGUUACGUGAAAAUUGAAAAAGACCGUAUUCAAUACUGUAAAGAUCACCAACAAGAAUUGCGAUCAGAUACAUAUAAAGGUUUGAGUGAUUAUAUGCAAAACUCUGCUAAUAACGUGAAUGGUCGAGUUGGUAAAUCUGUCAUUCUUCCAUCUACUUUUAUAGGUUCACCACGUUAUAUGCAACAAUGUUAUCAAGACUCAAUGGCUUUGGUAAAUGAAAAAGAAAAACCUAAUAUUUUUCUGACUAUGACGUGUAAUCCUAAUUGGGUUGAAAUACAAGAAAAUCUUUUACCUGGUCAACAAGCAUUUAUAAAGAAAAAAUUAUUUGGUGAAGUGACAGCUUAUGUAUAUGUCAUUGAAUUUCAAAAACGAGGUUUACCGCACAUGCAUUUACUAAUAACGUUAUCAGGAGGAUAUAAAUGGACUACUGCUGAAAUUAUAGACAAAUUUAUUUCUGCAGAAAUUCCUAAUAAAACAGACAAUUCGCAUCUGCACAAUCUUGUAAUAAAUCACAUGACACACGGACCCUGUGGUGACUGGUGCAUGAAAGAUGGAGAAUGCUCAAAACAUUUUCCAAAACAAUUUCAAAACGAAACAACCAUGAAUGAAAAUGGUUAUCCGCACUAUCAAAGACGAAACGAUGGCAUAACUGUUGAUAAAACAAACGAUCACGUAGUAGAUAAUCGUUGGGUAGUACCGUACUGUCCAAUAUUAUUGAAAUUAUUUGAUUGCCAUAUUAAUAUCAAGCAUUUGUGCCGUGCUGUAAAUUUUGAGCAUUUAAGAACAGUUGAUAACGUCAUACAUCCAACUUUCAUUGCAGCUUGCUUAGCUUUAGGUUUAAUUGAAAACGAUGAUGAAUGGAAUACAGCUAUGAAUGAAGGAGUGCAAUGGAUGAUGCCGCAAAGACUUCGUUUCUUAUUCGUUCGAAUUUUAAUACAUUGUCAGCCUGUUAAACCAGAAGAAUUAUGGACAAAUUUUCAAGAUGCAUUAUCAGAAGAUUUUUCUAGAACAUGGGAAAAAGAUAUCGCUUAUCAAAUAGCAUAUCAAGAUAUUAAUAGUAUAUUAAACAAUGAAGGUAAAAGUUUAAACGAUUUACCUUCAAUGCCACCACUAUUGCCAAUUAAUAUUCUUCACGUUCAAGAGAAUAUCUCAUUACAAGAAAUGGCUGAUAGAGGCAAUCAGAAAUAUAAUAAUUUAAAUCCUUCGCAAAAAGAGAUAGUUGAUUUAGUUAUCAAUGCUGUAGACAAUGAAAAUUAUAGUGGACCUACUUGUAUUUUUAUGGAGGGACCAGGAGGAUCAGGAAAAAUAUAUGUUUAUGAAACAAUGUAA